UUUAGUCGUUUUGUUUAUUUUUGUUGUUAUUUAUCAACAGCUAUUGAUCGAGUCUUCAUGUUGAUUCAUUUUGUUGUUUGUGAUCAACUAAUACUCAGUAAAUGAUCUUGCUGAAUUUAGCUUUUUUCUUUUCAUCUCUUAGUUACACUGGUGCUUGAAAUCUUCAAGAAAUGAGUGCAUACAUCGUUGGUGCUCUCUUACCUAUUGUAGUUACACUUGUCUUACGGCAUUCCAAAAAAGCAAAGAAAAGAGGAUUGCCUGUUGAUGCUGGUGGAGAGCCUGGGUUUGCUGUUCGGAAUAUUAAGUACACUUCGCCUGUGGAAACAGCAUGGGAAGGUGUCCUUACUCUUGCUGAACUGUUUGAGUACUCAUGCAAGCAGCACCAAGACAGACGCUUACUUGGAACCCGCAAAUUGAUCUCAAUAGAAACUGAGGUAACUGCAGAUGGAAGAUCCUUUGAUAAGGUUCAUUUGGGCGACUAUGAGUGGCUAACAUAUGGCCAAGCAUUUGAAGCCGUGUGUAGCUUUGCUUCUGGACUAGUGCAAAUUGGGCAUAAUAAGGGAGAACGUGCAGCAAUCUUUGCUGACACUAGAGAAGAAUGGUUUAUUGCUUUGCAGGGAUGCCUUAGACGCAAUAUCACUGUUGUAACUAUCUAUGCAUCUUUAGGGGAAGAGGCAUUAUGUCACUCGCUGAACGAGUCNGAAGUCACGACUGUGAUAUGUGGCCAGAAAGAGCUGAAUAAACUGUUAGGUAUCAGUGGACGGCUUAAGACAGUGAAGAAUGUGAUAUGUAUGGAUGAGAUUCCUCAAAGCAUUAUAAACUCUGAGAAGGACGGGAACUGGAAAAUUGCCUCAUUUUCUAAAGUUCAAUUGCUUGGCCAAGAAUGUAAUGUGGGUGCCGAGUUACCCAUUUCAACUGACAUUGCUGUUAUAAUGUAUACAAGCGGAAGCACUGGAUUACCCAAGGGUGUGAUGAUGACACAUGCAAAUGUCCUGGCCACAGUUUCUGCUGUCAUGACUAUAGUUCCUGGUCUAGGGAAGAAGGAUACCUAUCUCGCAUACUUACCUAUGGCUCAUAUCCUUGAGUUAGCAGCAGAGAGUGUAAUGGCUGCUGUUGGAUGUGCUAUUGGAUAUGGGUCUCCUUUGACACUUACUGAUACAUCUAACAAGAUUAAACGAGGGACAAAGGGCGAUGCAACUGCUCUUGUGCCAACAGUAAUGACUGCUGUCCCAGCAAUUUUAGAUCGUGUUCGAGAAGGGGUUCUUAAAAAGUUGAAUGUGACAGGUGGAUUAGCAAAGAAAUUGUUUGAUUUGGCAUAUUCUCGUAGGCUAUCUGCCAUGAAUGGUAGUUGGUUUGGGGCUUGGGGUCUGGAAAAGCUUUUUUGGAACUUUCUUGUGUUUAGAAAGGUACGAGCAAUUCUGGGAGGCCGGCUUCGUUUUCUGUUGUCUGGAGGGGCUCCCCUUUCUGGCGAUACCCAAAGAUUCAUCAACAUCUGUCUCAGUGCUCCAAUAGGGCAGGGUUAUGGUCUUACUGAGACUUGUGCUGGUGGGACAUUCUCCGAGUUUGAUGACUUAACCGUUGGUCGAGUAGGAGCUCCACUUCCUUGCUCAUUUGUUAAGUUGAUUGAUUGGCCCGAAAGUGGAUACUUAACCAGUGAUUUGCCAAGGCCACGGGGAGAAAUUGUAAUUGGUGGCCCAAAUGUUACACUUGGAUAUUUCAAAAAUGAAGAAAAAACUAGAGAAUCAUACAAGGUCGAUGCGAAGGGAAUGCGGUGGUUCUACACCGGUGACAUAGGACAAUUUCAUGCUGAUGGUUGCCUUGAAAUUAUUGACCGCAAAAAGGAUAUAAUUAAACUUCAACAUGGAGAAUAUGUUUCUCUGGGGAAGGUUGAAUCUGCACUCAGUGUGAGCCCAUAUGUUGACAAUAUCAUGGUGCACGCUGAUCCUUUUCAUAGUUACUGUGUUGCUCUUGUUGUGGCCUCUCAACAAGCAGUAGAAGCGUGGGCUUCUAAGCAAGGAAUUGAUACAAAUGAUUUCUCUGAACUCUGUCGUAAAGAAGAAGUAGUGAAGGAAGUGCAAGCUUCACUCGUAAAGGAAGCAAAGAAAGCACGAUUAGAGAAGUUUGAGAUCCCUGCAAAGAUCAAAUUGCUGUCUAACCCAUGGACGCCUGAAUCUGGGCUUGUUACUGCAGCGCUCAAGCUUAAAAGAGAUGUAACUAGAAAGGCUUUCUCCGAAGACCUCUCUAAAUUAUAUGCUUGAUCAUGAUGCUUCUCCACAGCUUUGGAUUAAUCUCUCAAUUUGGCCGUCUUGUGAUUUGGGUUUGCUCUUAAAUAUUUUUCAAGGCUGUCGUCAACUAUUCAUGAGUUCUGGAAUUUAACUUCUAAUAAGAAAUGAGAAUGGCGCCAGUUUUGCUUUUCCUAGUUA